UUGUAUGUUUGAUGACGAAUGGCAUUGUUAAUUGAACAGGCCAGUUGAUGAAAACUUAGUGAAUAUGUCUGCCAAGAGUUUCCUCAGUGAUCUGAAAGACAAAGCAAGAGUUCUGCGCAAUACUCUCAAAAACUCAAGGCCGGCGCCUUCCAUCGAAGCUUUGAAUGAACCAUUCGAUUCCUCCUUUGACCGAGAACUAGAGUUUACUGGUCGGAAAAGGUCAAGUUCACAUAUUUCGAGCUCUUCCUGUCACAAAGAAUCAAAAAGUUUGUUGAGAGAAAAUGUUGGGGGAAAAGAGAAGCCAAGUCUCAAAAAUAGACCCAAGAAACAGAAAAUAGAUCCAAAAGUGUUUGCACACGAAGACUCCAAAUUAGCCCAACUGGAUACACAGGCUGUGAAGGAUGUGAAAUUGCAGCCCAGUUUCCGACAGUCGAGGAAAGACUUCAAGAGCAUGCGGGAAGAGAGGGAGGGGGAGGAGAGUAGACGGACUCUGUUUCUGGGAAACUUCCCUCUAGCUGUGAAGCAGCAGGAGCUGAAGAAACUCUGCGGAGCUUUUGGACAAGUGUGCAGUAUCAGAUUCCGCAACAUUUUCGGCAGCAGGGACAACAUGUCCAAGGGGGUGGCAGCCAGACGGAUGUCCUUCAGCGACUCAGUUACUCACUGUUGUGUCUAUGUGGUGUUUUCAGAAGCAAAGGCCGCAACCGAGGCAGCCAAACACUUCAAUGGGUUGAAAUUAGGAAACAGACACUUGAAUGCUAACUUGGCAUGCGACAAGCACACGUGCAAUGCAAGGAUGUCGGUGUUUGUGUCGCAACUACCGAGGGACUCGGACGAGGAGGAAGUGCGUCUCUCCUUCAGACAGUUUGGGGAGAUAGUGUCUGUGAGGCUGAUCAGAGACAGUGGUAGUGGAGAGUGCAAGGGACUGGGCUAUGUGCAGUUCAACUCACAGGAACCACUCAUGCUCUGUCUCAAAGCACAGCAGCACUUCUUCAGAAACAAACGCAUCAAGGUUGCCAGGUGUUUCAAGAAAGAAAAGAUGAACAAGAACAAAAACCAACAGGGAACAUUUUACACGCAAGACCUCUCAAACAGCAGCCGAAGUGCAAAGUCUGGCAGCAAUUUUAAUGGAACAGACAAAAAGAAAGCGCAGUAUGUGAAAAACAAAGCGAGUGGUAAAUCGAAAGAGAAAACACCGAUGGCGUCGAAGAAGAAUGUGAAGAAACACAAGAGCUCUCUCAUUUGAUUGAGUUGGUUUUGAUGAUUUUCCGUAAAUGAAAUAUAUUUCUUUAGGCUGUCUAUUUAGCCAAAACGUCAAAUCCUGACCACAAAUUUUGAAAUGUAUCAAGAAACGUGACAUUAGUCUUCAAA